CCAAAAUGUUCUGCUGCCGACAAAAAUUUUAAAAAUUCUCCGCAAAUGGAAAAAUUCAAAGAAGAAAAUCAUUGGAUUUUAAAUUGAGUCAUGUUAAAUCGAAAACUCGUAAAUCCCUCAGUCUACAAAAAUAGUUUUAGGUACUUGAGCCAAAAGAGUAACGGAGCGAACUUGAACCAAUUCAGUGCUAAACGAAUGGCGUUUGAGAGUGAUUACUACUACAAGCAAAAUAAAGAACUGCGGGAAUUACUGAAAAGAAAAACUCAGGAGGAGGUCCAGAAGAUGCAGAACAAGGUUCGCUCCAUGCAGCGCCAAAUCAAAGAGUAUAAUCGCGACAUAAAUGAGACGCUGAGAUUUUUAGAGAAUUUGGAUAAGGGUGCCACAUCUAAGGAAAAGAAAACCUAAGAAAAAAAACA